AUGCAGUGGAGGAAGUUUGCACGGCUGAAAACGACUGCUACUGGACAUUCGCGUACGCGGAGAAUGCUUUGUUGUGGCCGAAGAAAGGAAAAUGGAAGAUCAGUGCCUGACCUCACCGCUAGUCCGGGUCGUGCGCCGCCCGGACCCAUGCCCUCCCAUCAGGGCCAGCAGGGCAUGCAACAGCAGCAACAGCACCACCCCCAACAGCAGGGCGGCCAUAUGCAGCAGGGCCAGCGGGGCAUGGGCGGCGGACCGAAUAAGGAGCCAGUAUUACUACAGGGUGACUUCCGGAAGGUGUCUGGCAUUAGCUCGGAAAUCUUCCGCCAGAUCGAAGCGGUGGAGAAUGACCACGAUCCGAGCACGGCGGCCGCGCUGGAGGCGGUGGAGAGGCGUGGUGAAAUGAUAGUGCGCAUUCUGGAGCCCCGCUGCAUGGGCAGCCGGCAGGCCGUCGAGGCGGGCCAGAAGUUUCUCAACAAGGCUGAUGCCCGGCAUACGGUUCAGCUGGUGGAGAUCGUGAAACGACCCGGCCAAACACUCGGCUUGUACAUCCGCGAGGGAAACGGUGCGGACCGGUCCGAUGGGGUUUUCAUUUCCCGAAUAGCACUCGAGUCGGCCGUCUAUAACAGCGGCUGUCUGAGGGUAGGAGAUGAAAUUCUCGCCGUCAAUCUGGUGGACGUCACUCGGAUGUCACUGGACGAUGUGGUGAUUAUCAUGUCGAUUCCACGCCGACUGGUGCUAGCCAUUCGACAGCGUCGCGGUGCCCGAGGAGCCAACUCACCCGGACCGCAUCAGCUGUCCCGGCCCGAGCAGAAACCACCCCCGGUGGUGGUCAUCAAGCGUGACCUGCGGGACGACGAUCUAGACGACUCGGAUCGUGCACCACGCUCGUCACGAUCAUCCCGCGAACGGCGGACGGGGGAUGGCCGGGAAAUGACCGAGUCCCGUUCACGGCUGGGGCUAGGCCUAAACAAUUACAGCCCCCAGAGCGAGCAGCUCGACCUGUACUACAGCAGUCGCACAGGACAACCAGUAGAGACUCCCAGCUGGGGCUACAAACCACCGCCACCACCAUCCGUAAUCACUGAACAGCCAAAGGGUACCCACGGCUUCCAAACAUCGCACUCCUACUAUCAAAAUGCCGGAACACUGGAAAGUCUAGCUGAGAAGGUCCACUCCUUCUAUCCCAGCACCAAUCGACGGUUGUCGGCCGGUACUGGCGUCAGCAUGUCUCAAUCCCACCAACGGUUCCCACGCAGUGGUUCGGAUCAGCAUCUGCCAAGAGUAGAAUACGCCGAUUAUGCAUCGCUAGGACGCCACGCUCUGUUACGGUCUAGCCUGAAAUCUGACCUCGUACAGGCAGCUCCCAUAGCCGGCGGCACUCUCGGCCGUUACGGACGUUACGAACCUCCACCGUCAUCACGCACACCGAAAUAUGGUCCUUCGCCAUUGGGCGCAACCGGAUCCUUGCAGCGGCGUUCACGCCCAGCACUAGAUUACUCAAGCGAUACUGAAGCCACGAUUGGUCCUAGGCCUAGCUAUUACUAUUACAACCACCCAGCGAUGGCUGCCGCAAUGGGUCGGGGCAGUACACAAGCACUCGGUGGUGGCCCCGAGUACGCCAAAUUCAAUUCUUUACCACGCGAACGGCCCGGCUCUCGAAUGGGCCUUCGAAGUCGAAUCGGUGAACGUCUGCAAGACGAAGCUGAUGGAAAUUUAUCCGCUCCCGAGUACUCACUGCCCAUUCGAAGGGAUCCACGCGAUUUACGUCAGAGAAUAACCGCCAGCCCGUCGAUAUUCACUUCCGACGAAUACCGAGCGUGGCUGCGACGUGCUCCCAGCAGUUCAGCCAUAUGCGAACAGAUGCGGGCAUCUCGCGAUAUUCUGAAUCAACAACGGGCGCACCGCUUUUCUUGUUCAGCCGAAAAUAUACACGAUGUUCUGAAGAACACCGAGCAUAUCUACAGUAGCCGCACCGGUCUGACCGGCGGUACACUGGAUCGGCACAAUCUAACAGUCGGUGGCCCACGAAUGUCCUCACUGCCAGUACGAUCCAUGUCUUCACAGCACAUCGGACCGUCCUCCAUUCGAUCGCCAAGUGUUCGUCGCAUGCGACAGUUACUCGAAUUGACUCAGGGCGGCCCAGGUGGAAUACCUGGAUCGGCAAUGGCAGCACUUACCGGCCACCAAAGUCCGGCACCGACACCGAGCACAACACUGCCCAGAACUCAUCGACAAAUCGACAUCAAUCCGGCCGAGUACACCAAGUAUAAGCUAGAUAAGCCCGUUGUUGACGCCAUCGGAAUGUCCGGAAUGUUGUGGAUCCAUUUGCUGGCUGGCCGUGGAUUGCGGUCAAUGUCCGAUAACACGCCACAAGUUCAGCAACCACUCAUUCGUGAUUUGUACUGUGUGCUGGAGUGCGACAGGAUUCACAAGGCUCGAACAGUGGUCCGGUCCGGUGAUCUCCAGUUCGAUUGGGAUGAAUCGUUCGAGCUGGAUUUGGUUUGCAAUAAGCAGUUGGAUGUGCUGGUUUACUCGUGGGAUCCCCAGCACAGACACAAACUGUGCUAUCGUGGAGCACUGUCACUUACCACCUUGCUCCGACAAUCACCGAUUCAUCAGUUGGCGUUGAAAGUGGAACCACGGGGUACGAUCUAUCUGCGACUGCGACACACCGACCCGUUUCAGCUGUACCGUCGCCGUGGAUUGCCCAGUCUACGAGGCAGCGUUCCGGCGCUUUUCGGUGCAGACCUCGAAACCGUAGUGACACGUGAAUCAAAGGGCGCCCCCGGAAGCGCUCCAGUUCCUAUCAUUUUACGCCGCUGCGUAGAAGAAGUUGAACGACGUGGAUUGGAUAUCAUCGGCCUGUACCGGCUUUGCGGCUCAGCUACCAAGAAACGAUUGCUCAGGGAAGCUUUCGAGCGCAACAGUCGAGCGGUGGAAUUAACGCCAGAUCAUGUACCAGACAUUAACGUCAUUACCGGUGUCCUAAAAGACUACUUGCGGGAACUGCCCGAGCCGCUGUUCACCAAGUGUUUGUUCCAGAUGACGGUUGAUGCGCUAGGUAGUGUUUGCUUACCGGAUGAUCCAGAAGGUAAUGCUAAAUUAAUGCUUAGCAUUCUGGACUGUUUGCCCAGAGCAAAUCGGGCAACACUCGUUUUCCUGUUGGAUCAUCUAUCGCUGGUAGUUUCGGCCUCGGAACGAAACAAAAUGUCUGCCCAGGCUCUGGCUACUGUGAUGGGACCUCCGCUAAUGCUACACUCAUCCAGUGCCGGUCCGAACGAGGAGAUCGAUCACGCACAACCGAUCGCAGUGCUCAAAUAUUUACUGCAAAUUUGGCCACAACCGCAGCACACCACCACUAGCCACGUUGGUACUUCAGGUCGGCGCGGCGAGCCAGUAGAGCCGCGUGGAAACAAAGCCAGUGCGUUGCAAGUGGGCAAACCACCGGCGCCUCUCCCGUCCCUCCCGUCGGCCAGCAACCUGCUGCAUCAGCAUCAUCAGCAACAGCAACAUCAGUCACAUCUGGGCCCGCCGGUAUCAACCUCGCUGGUGGCGGGGACAGUGGGCCCUAUAUCGCGUUCUGCAACCAGCAGUCCAUCAACAGCCUCCUUCCAGCUCGGUCCGCGUCCGCUCUCAGCCACUCCCAGCAAUCUACAGUAUCAAUCAGUAGUGGCUCAGUUAGCUCAAUCCCAUCGAGUCUUGCAACAAGUGGGCCAACAGCACCAUCUAUCGGAGGGCUCAGCGGCCUCGGCGGAGCCCGGCCAAUCGCCACAUCACGCCACACCCUCCCCAAGCUCUAGUUCUACUUCGUCGGCGUCCGGAUCUGGAUCCGGCACGGACACCAUUAAACGUGGAGCUUCACCCGCCUCGGUUAAAUUUAAGGAAUCCAGCAGCAGCUACUCGCUUAAAUCCGACACCAGUCGCAUCCUGAACGGUAGCAACAAUCUAGUAAAAAAGUACGCCAGCAGCAAUAAUAACAACGGAUCCGAACCCGUUGCCAAUGGAGGCGCCGGGGCGCACUCUUACGAUCAUCAUCCGAUAACGUCUUCAUCGCUGCUUGGCAACGGAGGCGGCAACGGCAUUUUGCGUAAACGGGACGGCAACGGCGUUGGAUCCACAAUCCCUAGCAGCAGCAACAAUAAUGGACCAAAUAUCUCCUCAUCAUCCGAACUACAGUUUCCAUCCAGAAGUGUUCUUUUCACAUCGGACAGCCUGUCAUCAACGACAACGACAUCGCCGCAAUCACCCGCUGUGGCCAGCACAUCGUACGGCAAGGUUUCCAGCUCAACAUCCGCAGUACCGGCGGGCCCAACGUCCUCGCUGGACGUCGUAACGUUCAGUCUGGACGAAAAGAACAACCUCGUCGUGUCCCCGUCGCCCUCGUCUGCGUCGGAAUCCUCACAUCACUCGUCGAACUCAUCGCUACGGGAGCGGUCACCGCAGCCAUCACCCUCACCGCUGAAACGGCAGGAACCGAUCGAACGAGCCGACAGCACAGGCUCAACCAGUGGCGGUUUCAUGUCAUCACUGCGAAGCCAAACACUGGGCAGUUAUCAGUUUCCAUCGAGCAGCCUGAAACUACCGAGCCAACUCAGCACCGAUUCAGCAACCGGGGACGACGGAAGCACUUCGUCGUUACUACGCAAACUCACCUCGUCACUGUCAAGAACGAUCACGAGUAAUACGGGCACUUUACCAUUAUCAUUAGGUAGGCAAGGCGCGAGCAGUUCGCUAUAUCAGCAAGACUAUUCCGGCAGUAGCAGCAGCGGCAGCAGUAGUGGUAAGCCAACGAGUGCUUCUCUCAAUUAUACAAGCUCAGGUGGUACUGAUGCGAUCACCACAGCCGCAGCAGUCAGUAGUAUGAGUAUCUAUGGUACACUUCCGAAGAACUCUUCGAUUUAUUCGUACGGUGGAACGUCCACAAGUCUGCUUACGGGAACUUCCAGCUCGUACGGUAUCAGUGAUAGGUUACGGGCCCUAACUUCUGCCAGUGGGCAAACUGAACCAUCAUCUAGUGGGUUGGGAUCCAGUAUUACGGGAACUUCGACCGGUUCUUCUGGGGUUGAUAGUGGAGGCGGCUCCAGUUCGGCCGAUCUGGCCAGCACCAGUGGUUACGACUACGAAUCAUCCGCGUUUUCGACGUCUGGAUUAACUUCGUCAUACGGUACGACAGCUUCGUCCGUUUCCAUGACCACUUCGGCGACUUCUGGGCUUUCUUCGUCUUAUUUCAGUACCGGCAGCGGAACUAGUCCGUUCGCCGGCAUGGUGGGAAAUGGGUCCACUGAGAGUAGUGCUCCUCCGACGUACCGAGUGCAGUAUUCGUCGACGAAUCCAUUCCUACCGAGCUAUAAUCCUCCGAGCGACAAUGGUGGGUCCGUUCACGGUACGGUCACCGGCCGCAAUGGUGGACUUAAAUCAUCCGACGAAGAUGAUUCAUACGACAUCAAGUAA